CGUUCCCAAUCCCGUCUCAACUCAAUGAUCGCCUCCAACUCACCCUCCCACUCGGGAGUUCCUGCAGUGCACAGCGCUGCUCUGCGAUGGCAGAGCAUGCCCGGGAGUGCUCACACAGCAACGGAGCCACACUAAGGCCACAGAGACCCUCGUGCCAGGCCACCUGCCCCGGGGCAGCCGCACGCUGCCGGCGGAGCCCGGCCCCGCAGCCCGCCGGGGGAGGUGGCUCUGCCCGUUCUGCCGCCGCGGAAGUGCAGGCGCCGCCCCGAGAGGCCUCCGGGGCGCACUCCGCUGCUGCGGGACCAUGGUGCAGCUUUACAAUUUGCACCCGUUCGGGUCGCAGCGAGUAGUGCCCUGUAAGCAGGAGCCGGCGCACUUCUGUUGCGGCCAGGACGUGCUGUUCGUGGCCAGCACGGCGGCCAGCUGCAGGGUAGAGGUGUUCGCCGUGCGCGACCAGGGCCGCUGCGAGCCCCUGGGCUCCUUCGCCACCCUGGGGCCCGUGCUGCGCAUGGCGCACAGCUCGGCAGGAGACUAUCUGGUGACAAUUGAAGAAAAAAGCAAAGCAACUUUCCUAAGAGCAUAUACGAACUGGAGAUGUAUGUCUGCAGGGAGCUCUCGUGUGUGCGUUCGGAUGGUUGGUCACAAGAUGGAAGAGUCAUACAGUGAAACUUUGAAAGAACAGAUGUCAGUUGUUGAAAUGCCACUUUCAGACCCUCCACUGUGCAUUUCAUGUUGUCCCGUAAAUGGAGAUCUUCUUGUGGGCUGCAAGAAUAAACUAGUCAUAUUCUGUUUGAAAUACCUGGUCAUAAACCAGAAUUUGACUGUGUUAGAUUUUGAACGCUCCUUAAUUUUGCACAUUGAUAAUCUCAUUCCUGCUGAAGUUGCAUUUUGUGCCAGACAUAUAGCCAUAACAACAGAGCUGGACGUUCUAAUCCUGAAACUGGAACUGGUCCAGCAAAGUGCAGACAGGACAGAGCAAUGUGCUCAGGGAGUCAGUGCACCAGAAAAGACUGUGGAUGGAGGUGUGAAAGAUGAAAGCCCUUCAAGACAUACUUUGCAGCUUGAAUUAGAUGAGUUCAUCAUAUGUCAGAAGCCAGUGGAACUGCUUGGGGAAGAAAGUAAGCUAUGUGAGAUACCCAUCACACUGGAAUCCACAGAGUUACCUUCUGAAGACACAAAGUGCUUCCAAGUGCGGUAUCUGCUUUUCAGACGUUUUACACCCGACCAGUCGCCAUUUGGGUUUUGUGAAGAGACAAAGUUGCAUUCUGUUCAACUGCUCCCUGUAUAUCAGACAGGAAGCUCUUUGACAGCCUAUGAGGAAACUGAGAACAAGAGAGAACUACUGAGUCUCUUUUGCUUUUUCUCUUUACCUCAUGUUGGAUAUCUCUACUCUAUUGGGAAGGUAGUAGAAGUAAUUUCUACUUAUCAGUAUUCAGAGAAGUCAGAGCAGGCAGUCCUUACUCCGCAGUUCCUGCACGUCAUUACAAGUGAGAACCUGCAGUGUUUCACAGUGAGAUGCAGUGCAGCAGCAGCUCGUGAUGAGGAUCCCUAUAUUGAUACGACUGUGAAGGCUUGUCCACCUGUUACACUGGAUGUCUGCACAUUAAGAAUGCAGCUUUUUAUAGGACCAAGAGCUAUCUGUCAUUUCAAAAACCAUAUAAUUCUUUUGACUAAGGCAGACACAGAAGAUAUUACUGAAAGAAGAAAGCCUACAAGAAGGAUGCUUUCCAGAAAGGCUGACAGCAUCAAAUCCAGAACAAAUUCUGAGUCAGAGCCUGGUUGGAAUUUAUAUAUUAUAAACACUGUUUCAACCAUUCAGCUUUACAGAGAAAUGGUAGAUUAUAGUAGAACUUACGAAAAUGUUAAAACUGAGAGCUGCAUCCAUCUUUUAAGUGAGGCUCACUUACUGAUCCGAGCAGCUAUAAUGGACCCUCAUUUCCUUAAAUCAGAUGAGAAAGAAGAACUUCUAAGAGCGUUCAGAGAAAGUUGUGCAUUCUUAGGAGACUGCUACAGCAGAUUUGACACAAAGGAUUACCACCUUGCUUUGCCAUACUACAGAAUGUCAGGUUUAUCCAUGACUGAAGUUUUAAAGAGACUAGUUUCAGAGGGUGAUGAAAUACAGACAUAUGAGAAAGGACUUAUAUUUUACUUAACUCACUCUCUUAACGAAGAGUUGAAUGAAGAAUUAAGCAAGGAAUCAGGAAAUAAAAUUCUCCAGAUAUUCUAUCUCGCUGACCCCGUGCAGCUGCCUCAUAUCCUUUGCAGCCCCUGCAUGAGAAAUGUGUGUCCUUUGACAGCUGUGAAGUAUCUUCAGAAAGUAGAAAAGAUGAUGCCAUCAGUGGUCCUGACACUUACUAAGGCUUUUUUGGCUCUGAAAAUGGGAGACCUGAUAAUGUAUGAACAUGAGAUGGACUCCUAUAAGGAGACAAUGCUGGCUUGUGGCUUCACUGGGCAACCCCAACUCUUGAGGCAGCGUAAGGGAGGAAUUGUUAUGCCAACUGAGUUUGCUGUUCACCUGAAGGAGAUGCAGCCUGGUUUACUCGUCGCUGCCACUGUGGCUUUACAUGAGAACAGUAAAAUGGAAUUGGAAGAAGCAGAUACCUUUUUCAAGAUGUUGUGUAGUAAUAGUGAGAACACUGUUCCUCAGCUCUUGGUGGACUUCUGGGAAGCUCUUCUUGUAGUGUGCUCUCAGGAAGAAAUACUUCAGGAGCUCUUGUUGAGGGUUACUUCUCAGUAUGUUUGGAGGAUAUCAAAGAAGCAACUUCCUGAGACUAAGCCGUUAAAAACAACAGAGGAUCUGAUAAAUUCCUGUAAUCAUUUUGGGUUGAUUUUCCCAUGGGUGACUUCCAUAAUGUCAAUGGGAUGUUCAUCUGAUAAAGAUUACCAUGAAGACAUCUCAAGACUACAGUCUCUUCUGUGUAGUCAGUCAAUCAAUGUGGCUUCAGCUCUGCCUGUCCUGGAGCCCCUGGCAGAGGCUGACAGUGUGGGCCUGGCCGUCCGUGUGCUCUGCAGUACCCGGCUGGGCAGGUACGAGGAAGCCCUUGAGCAGCUCCUGCCGAGGUGUCCUGGUGCAGCCGUGCUCUACGCUCAGCACGAGCUCAGAGGUGACAAGCAGGCUCUGUGGUGGAAUAAGCUGCUUCCUGAACUUUGCAAGAGAACUAGACUUAAGGGAAAUGACUGCCCUGUUCUCAUUUCAGCACUCAAAGAAACUUUAUCAGUUGUUGCAAUGGAAUUGGAACUAAGGGAUUUUGUCAGUCUUCUACCAGAGGAUGGAACUGCAGCAUUUUUCCUGCCACAUGUUCUUCACUGCAGCCAGAGGAAGCUGCUGACCUAAAACAAUGAAGUCUACUAUCCACUCAAAUACAAAGAAUGUGCUGGAAUAAAAAAGCAAAUGAAACAAAGAAGCAAAUGAAAUAAACAGCAGAGCUGCAUAAAAGGUACUGUGGGACUACCCUCACAUAAAUCAUCUUACUACUUCAUUGAAAUCUUACAUCAACUACUGAAGGACAACUCUCAUCUGAGGUAAAGCAACUGUUUUGAAGCUGACCGUGGUGACAAGGCAACUGGAAAAUACUGUACAGUACAACUGGACAUACAGUGUUCACUGAAAGUAAAGCAGGAAGUCAGUCUCAAAUCUGUAUUAAUUGGAUCACUGACCUAGGGAGUUCAGGCUCAGGCAUGUGUCUACCUGUAUGAGUAAAAGUAAGUACCUUACUCUUCCAAGUGGAAUUGGGCCCUACUGACUUCAUUUUGCAAUGCUGGAAUUCAUUCCCUUGAAUUCCAGCUGGCAAAAUCAGUCAGCUGCUCUGUUAUCCUAAGGACAUACCCAUGCGAGCGUUACACUGAAAAUGUUUUCAUUUAGCAAUUCACAAGAAAAGGCCAUAAAUCCAAGAGAAACAGAGGUGGAAGAUAGAGACUACUGCUUGCUUGCUGGUUUUAGUUUUCUUUCUUCUGUUGUAUUCAGUUAGUAGAAAAGUAUUUGAAGUAUCACUAGGCCAUAAAUCCAGCUGAAAACUUUUAUUUCUUCUAGUGUUUUGGUAAGCAUCUGGGGUACUUGUGCAUGUAUAUACUGAUGUUUGUCUUGUGAACAGAAAGCAUACUCUGUUCCUUCAGAGCUGAAAUUCAGUCAUAAUAAACUGUCACAAUGUUUAUGACUUUCUUAUUAAUGUUGUUUGGGUUUUUUGAAAAAUCUACCAAAAAUACAAUGAUUCCCAUGAUCCUAUAACCAUAUAAAUCAUCUAAAGACCUAAUUAGCUGACACUGACUCUAUUAAAUCUGUUUUCACUGAAGUUGUAAUGUUACUUAAACCUGUAGAAGUCAGGCAGAAGAGAUCAUCUAUGUUUCAGCUAAAAUACAUUAACAAAAAAAAAAUAAAUUGAAAGUAGUUUAAGUUACCCACGUAGCAUUACUGCUACCACUAAAAUCAAUUAUUAAUUUACUGGUAGGUGUUACGCUGGUUUCAGUAUAAUCUUUCUACCUUAAAAAAAGGCCAAAACAAUUUAGGUUUGUUACAGAGAAGCAACUUUGUUCUGAGAGGUGUAAACCCAGAUGUUUUGCUUUGCCUGCUCGUCCCUCCUCUUGUUAGAUAGAGGCCUAACGUGAGUGGAGCUGGGCUUUUGAAACAACUGGAUGGCACGACCAUUUCUGCUCUUACUGCUUUCAUUUUUGACCAACAUCACCAGUAUCAAGCACUGAUACUGCUUCUUCCAUCUGUCAGGAAACACUUCCUUUUACGUUUGCCAAGGGCUGCACUACAUAACUUACAGCAAAGGGAUUCCACUACAGGAGUUACUUCAGAGUUGUCAGAGCAAAGCUCUUUAGUAUAGACAUCAACAAAUUUUGCCCUUCACAGUCUCAUUUCAUCAGGCUUAUUGCAGCAUAGUUUUGUCUGCCUUAGAAUUAUUUUCAUAACAGAAAAAGAAAAACAUCUUGUGCAACCAUGAUCCCUCAGUCAUCACAUCUUUUAAAUGUACCAAUCAUCUUGAAAGGUGUUACUGGAUAAAAUUAUAAAAUAAUUCAACAGAAAUAACAGAACUAUUUUGUUAACUGCUCAAUUGUACAAUACUAUAUAUAUUUUCAGUGUCAACUUAUGGAUAAAGUGAUAACCAAAUUCCUAUUUUCUAAGUAAUAGCUACUACCAUAUUUGUCUAGUAAAAUGUGACAGUGUGAUGGCAGAUACGCAAAACAAAUUUUGCUGUUACACAGGGUUAUUUUCAAACUUUAAAAAAGGUACAUUUCAUUAGGCUCUUCCACGUUCCUCAGCUGUUAAAUAACAUGCAUUAGGCACCAGCUAGAAUAUGUUUAGCUUGCAAGAUACAACUUUUAUUUAGAGAAAAAUAUAUGAGCUGUCAUAUCCAUUCAGCUGUCUUAAUCUAUGGCCCUUUUGGUACCUGUGGCCACUACAUGAAAUUUUCCAAAACAUACGUGGAGAUGAGUUGAUCAAAAGAGAAUAUUUUCCAAGAAUGUUCACUGAAGAUAGACCUUGGAGAACCACUGUGUUAAAAUGCUUUCAUCAUUCUUGUGUGCCUGCCGUGCCUUUACACUUGAACUGAUUGAAUAAUCUUGGGAACAAAGACCGUUUAUCUGUAAGGGGGAAAAUAGCUUUUUUUACAUGCAUUUCAUCAAAAGAACAGUCUCUGCAUGUGGCCAGCAGAGUCCAAAAUGAGCACAGUGGAUUCCAGUACCUUCUGGACAUUGUGAGUUAGAUUUAAAAACAGCUUUAAGAUGCACUGAAGGGUACAUUUUGAUGCUCUUUAGAUGGUUAAUAAUGAAAAAUCCAACCUACUGCUGCUACAAGUUAAAGUCUCUUUCUGUGUACUCUCAAAUCAGCCUUCUUAUUGUCUGUGCAGGUUUGGCACAAUGUCCUCUGUAAAUCAGUAGGGUUUAUAAAAUAGAACUAGACUGUGUUUACAUGCCAGUGGUUUGUAAAAUAGAAUUAGAUUCUGUUUAACAUUCCAGUCUGUAUUUUUAGUACAGAUACAAAUAAACAUCAUAUAGUUAUAUGUGUGUAUAUAUAUAUAUAUAUGCAUAUACAUAUACAUAUUUUGAAAUAUUCCUAUUAUUCUCUUUCUGUCAAUUACAAGGAAUACCUGUUAUGCUCUGUCUUUUGAGUACUGGAAAGAGUUGCUUUUAAAGUUGUAGUAACUUUGUAGAAACAAGAGCUUUCAAAAUUCCUCAAGAUUCAAGAUUUUUUACAGGUAAUAUUGCUAGAGCAAGGUAAUAGUGUCUGUAAAGCUAAAACAUGUUCUUGAGAAAGAAAACACUAUUUUAGUUUUUCAGUACUUCAGCUGUGUAGGAAUGAUGAAUUCAGCUUUAUUUACCAACUGUUCUUAUUGUUUUAAAUGAAGAUUUAGAUGGAGUCUGACACUACUGGCAAUUCUUGGGUACAGAAAUACUGUCUCAUGAAGAAUUCUUUUUAAAUAAAAAUCUGUCACUUUACAUGGAUGGGAAGCUGAAGCAAUAGCCAGUUAACAUCCAGUCCUUUAGUUACUUUGGUCUCCUGAGCAGCCUUGAGGCUUGGUCAUACUUCGACCAUGUAGCUUCUAGACAUGGAAUAUCUCUGGAUGUCUGCACUGGUUCUGAGUACACUGGAGUGUCUGUGAGCCCCAGUCUGCACCUUUAAACUAACGACCAUUACUGAGCUCGAGAGCUCUUACCUUCCUUUGGGAGCACAGUGUAGGUUGCUUCCAUGCCUGCGUGGAUGUGGUCAGUAACGUGACAGUGUAACAGCCAGGUUCCAGGGUUCUGUGGAGUCAUUUCCACAGUUUGAAAUGUCCCAGGGAACAGGUCAAAGACAUCUGCCCGGUAAAUCCCUGUUUGCUUCAGGACAAACACCAGCAACAGUUAAACGGUGGCAUUACCAGGUGGCAGCAAUUUAAGCUUUAUCCAUUUACUCACCAAACAUUUCCAUCACAGUUGAAUGAAAAGACACCUGUGUGUCAUUUCUACUGAAGCAUCACUUUUGUACAUCCAUUUCACGCUCCAAAGUUUAAUAAUCUAUCAGCUAAA